UUUUUGAAAAAGUUGUUUACUUUUCUGCUUUAUAAACUAAACUCCAAUUUACUACUAAUUAUGGAAGUUCUGAAAAAGAAACUGGAGCUCUGCCUGCUUAUAUUAAACAGGAGUAAUGGAGAAGACGUAAACUGGUUAAAUGACUUAUGUGCCGCGCUAUUGGAAUUUUCCACUUUGGUUCACAGCUCCUUGUGCUCCCAGAAGCAGAACGAGUCCUCGGAGUUGGUUUGCCUCUGCCUGAGCCAGAUAAUGAUCUGCAUACGACAGGUGGAGAACACCAUGAAACUGGCAUGCGGCACUUCGGCUUCGGUCAGUCAUCAGUACUUCCUGGACCGUAUACGAUGGUGCCUUAAACGUCUAUUGCAUCUGUACAGCGACGGCUCAAAAGGGCAUGCAGCUUGUCCGGAGCGCUCCUUUCUAAAACUGGUGGAUGCCACUCUCGACACUUUGGCCCUGUUCACGUCCCACAAUGAGGAAAACUGUGACCCCUCGAACCUUUCCAAAUCCCCCCAGGAAGUCCUCCACCUCAGCCAAAAUGUUCGUGCCAACAUAGAUCUGAUUCUGGGACAAUCCCUGGGAUUCGCCAAUGUGGCCUUGUCGCAGGAUAAAAAGGCUCUCAGUGCCUUGUGCCAAAAGGUUAUCCGCGAAUGCAAUGCUUUUCAAGAAGAGUGCCAGGUGCCUAGUGCAUCCCACCACGCCAAUCUCAAGCUGAAGGCCAUGACCCUGGAGCAGGCGCUCUUUCAAUUGGAAGACUUUAUCAACGAUGCCCUGUUGCGUUUGGUAUUCACCUGCUUCCUGGACUUUGAGAAGUUUUCAGUGGACAAAAUAAGGACCCUGCUGAGGAACAGUUCGGAUGAUGAUGCAUUGGCUGAUGAAUUUAUAGCCGACUUUGACGUGAACAUCGAUCGGGCCACUCAGAUCGGCAUAUUUGCCAUUUCCUUUGCCCCAAACUUAAAAAUGAAAACAAUGAUGCGCAGCUGUCUGGCCUCCUUUGAGUCGCUGGACACCACAUUGAUACCUUCUCUACAGGCCCAUGGCUCCGACUUGCACUCGGAUGUCCUAGAGCAGCACUUCAACGAGGAAGCGGCCAAGUUUAAGGCGGCGCUACAGGAAAUUAUUGAUAGUCGCGCCCUCUUAGGUUGUUGCCUGGAGAUUCUUACCUCAGGCAUCAGCGCCACCGAAAAGCUGUAUGACAGGCAGCGAUUGGAGGACUUGGCACAAAUUUCCUUGCUGCUAGUCGAGCACUUUCAUCUGGAGGUCAACCGAAAGGUGCUGGCCGAAACGAAGAACCAAGUGGGCGAGGAGUACUAUCACCAAUUCAUCCGCAUAUUGCGCGAGUGCAAGGCCAUUUUGAUGUGCGCAUCCCAGGUGGAGCCGCAGCGAAUCCUCAAGCGCUUCAAGAUCCUGCGUACGGUUUUGCGAAAGCUGCACGGCUGCUUUGGAGCUGGCAAGCACGACGAUGGGCUUCCCAAUACCCAGGGCCCCCUUUUAGUAGAUGAGUCGAACGAAACAAAAGGGGAUCCCGAAGAUCUAACCCAAUUCUCGGGCUUUACAACAGGUCACGGCGGAAGUAUUCUCUACGAUACACAACGUAGGGCCAGAGUAAAUAGAACCAAGGACAAUAAACUGACCACAAAUGCCUUGGACAUUAAAUCGCUUCAAGCAAAACCUAAUGGAAAUGUGCUUAGAAAAGAAAGUUUACGAACUGUCAUGUUCAAGCGCCAAAACAUUGCUGAAAGCAGAAAACUCUACACCACGAUCAGCAAUCAGUCAGCAGAUCUGCAAAUUACAGAUAUACUCGACCAACUCACCGGAAUGUCCAAUGGAUAUUUUGAAUGCUGAAGCAUUAUAACUAUUUGUAAAUAAUUAUCUAAUUUGUUAAGUGUUUACUUCCAUAUCAUUUAAGACUCGUAAUUCAAGAAUUCAAACUUAACGCUUUCGCCACUUGAAUGUCAAAGUUCAGGUUAGACAUACACACAAACAUGUGUGGUUUAGUGGUGGCGGAGAGUGUUAUAUCUGAAACAGUUUAGACUGUUGUAAAAGUAGAGCAAUAAGUUCAAUAAAAUAUACAGAAACAAGCACACUAGUCGGCGCUUCCACUGUGGUCGUUUGACCUUUAAAGGACUCGCGGAAUUCGAUGUACACCCAUAAUGUGAGGCUGUGAAGGUAA